AUAUAUAUAUAUAUAUAUAUAUAAGCUCACUACUUGAUUUUUUGUCAAUGACGGUUUUCAUCAUAAGUUCUUGGCCACAGCAGAGAUCCAUUUGACAUACAGUAUUAUAAAUGUCUAUUAUAAAUGUUAGCGUGACAAAUAUACAUUCAAAAUCAGCUCGAAAAUAAUUAGCUGCGUAAUCUUUGUUGUGUUACCAGCUUUUGAUUCAGAGUUGCGACAUUUUGACUGUACCAGUCAAGUUGCGGUUUCAGAUUUCACUGCUUUGAGUAUCGUCUUUACGUACGUGAUGUCGCUCGAAUUAUUCUAGAAGCGUUUGGUAAGUGACUAAUGUGGUCCGUAGAUUAAAUGCUACUUUCAUUCCGGAUUUGUAGUAUUUAACCUCAAUUUGACCUCCAACGCUAGACACAUCGUAUUAAGCUGACUGUGAAGUGUAGCAGUUAUAUUAUACUGAGCAAACCACAAAUCACGUCCUGUGUCACUUAGUGCAGACUCAUUCAAACAGUUGUGGAUGGAACUAGAGGGGCUUCCGAUUAGAUGACUUCCGUACUUAGCAGCAUUAUGUCACCGGUUCCUUCAAGCUGGGAGCGAUUUACAUUUGACACUAGAAGAAAUGGCAAGCUUUUUGGACUGCCUUGUCAGGCAGCAAACUCUAACACUACUACUCGUGAAGAGGUGUGCCUCCAGUUUAGUCUACUGUGUUGUGCCCUAAUUUCCGAGCAUCACCUAAACUCCGCGUUAUGACAGCUUAAGAAGAGGACGUAAGUCUGUUACAUUGUGUGGUGUUGCCACGAUCUUAAUCAUGAUCUAAUUAAAAAAAUGAGAACAAUCCUUUGUUAUCAUGAUUUUCAUCUUUUACAGACGCCUCUCUAGUGAUUUAUACGAUUACGAUAGGAUGAAAAAUCAUUUCUCUUGAUUCAGCCAUCCACUGCUUUGUUUCUAGUAGUUGUAGUUCGUUCAUUGAUCGUCGAUUCGCUGGCAUAUUCGUGUAUAGAUAUGGCAAGCUGUUGUAACAUACGUUUAGUGGUACAAGACUGAUCGUAGUUAUUCCUUGAUUUUGUAUGUCACUAAAUUCAAUAGGAUUUACCUUACUAGGAUAAAGGUUUGUACAUUGUAAUGAGACAAGCCUAAAAACGACAGGAGUUCUGAUACUGAUCACUCCUGUAUUUGUUAACGGUCGACCCUAAAUAGAACCUGUUCUUGCCAAGCUAAUUCACUCGUUUCUUGAUUUGGCACCCUAAAACUUCACAGCUGAGUAAACUUUCAGUCUAGUAGGUGCUUUGUAUAGAAACGUAGCAAUAGCAUUCUGUCCACUUAGCGUGUUGGCCGUUAUUACCUCUUGUAUCGUGAUUGUAUGCAGGUCCAUAGUUCGUUUCAGAUUCAACGGAUAUAAUAGACCCACUAGUUCUCACUCAAAGUACAUAGUUUUGUAUUUAUUUUUAAAAUGGUAAGGUAGUCUUUACGUUUUUUUUGUUUUAAUUUUUAGGAAGCUAAGUCAUAUUACUUUCAAUCUCCACAUAAUAAUAGUACAUUCCAGACCAUUAGAAUGAAUUCUAAGAGUGAUAUGCGUGUCCCUAAACCUCCCAAACCUCCUGAAAAACCAUUAAUGCCGUAUAUGCGCUACAGCCGAAAAGUUUGGGAACAAGUUAAAAACUCGAAUCCACAUCUCAAGUUGUGGGAGGUUGGGAAAAUUAUUGGGCAAAUGUGGCGUGAGCUCCCUGAUGAUGAAAAAAUACUAUAUGUCGAAGAGUACGAUGCCGAGAAAACCCAAUACACGGAAUUACUACGGCAGUACCAUAGUUCGCCAGCAUAUCAGGCUUGGUUGGUAGCAAAGGAAAGAGCUGAGAAAAGCAUGGAAGAACAAGACCAAGGGCGCAGGCAAUCAAUUUUAAGGUCGAGAGAUCGUGGGAAUGAACUUCCUCAGGGUGAUUUGAGGGAGUCAUAUAUACUGGAAGAUAACGAAGAAGAUACUGAAGACCAAUUCACUGCGAAGCAUGUAGCAGCCGCUCGUUUCCAGAGAAACCAUCGUCUCAUGCAAGAAGUUUUAAGUGAUACGAGACUCCCUGAUCCUGGUCAACUAAUCACCCAAAGCCGUCUUAACACGCUGCGUCUGCAAGUAGAGCAACUGAAAAACCACAAGCGCAAUUUAUGUCAAGAGAUUGAAGGGUGCGAAGCAAGACAUCAAGCCAAAGUGCAGCGCAUUCGUGAAGAAUCUGAACGUUUUCGAUUAGACUAUCAAAAAAUAACGACAGCAAGACCAGUUAUCACUGAGUCUCAGUUUGCCGAUAUGAUAAUUAAAGCGAAGUACGAUAUGCAGCGUGAAGAAGAGGAGCGUAAGACUCGUUAUAUGGCGGAAUUAGAAAUCAGACGCAAGCGUCAACAGCAGCGGCAGCAGAGAGAAGCAGAGCUACUGGAAUCUGAACGCAGACGUCAAUUACUACAUCAACAACAGUUGCAGCAAGUUCAUAUGAGACCAAAUCAGGCAGCCCCACCGCACAAUGACCCGAAUAUUCAAUUUAUUGACCGCUCAUUAGAAAGACUGAUAACACAGGACAAAAGAGAAGAUACGAGUUCACAACCCCCACAAAAGUUGCCUUCUGCUUCAGCCAAUUUAUUGUGUCCUGCAAAUCAUCCGAAAGCAGCUUCAGAAAUUGGACAUGAAAUCAACCCAGGUUUGUAUGCUGGAAUCGGAAAUACAUUCACACAACCAGUUACUCAAAGUUCAUCGCAAAGGUUUCCUCAGUCCGGUCAUACCCAGCACCACUAUCCACCCCCAUUACAUUAUGUGCCCAACGCCGCGACACCGGCAAAUCCACCCGUUUUAAUUCAUCAGCGUAGUCCGGUCCCAAAUAUACAACAAGCAGCACAAAAUAACACAGGUAAACCAAAUGCAGUAUCUUUAGGCCGUACCAAAAAAGUUCCUUCAUCUGCAUCUUCUACUUCAUCGGCCUCUUCUGCUUCGUCAACGUCGUCAAAAAAGAAAAAGGUUGAUUCUGACCUUGUUAAAGAUGCUGCUGUAACCACCACUAGUCAGGAUAUGCGAGAACGACCUAUCUCUCGGUCUGGCGAAGGAGUAGUCGAUCAGACUAAACCUGGUGACUUUGAUAUGACUCCUGGACAGUCCAACGAAUUUCAGCAAGGGUCCACAACCCAAUCAAGGCAACUCAUUACUUCUCAAUAUCAACAAGCCCCAGCUCUUGCUAACCCCGUUGUUCCAGCGCAAAUUUCGGGGGGUCCAGUGCAGACACCCUACUGCUACGAAAUUGGCAUUGGGAACCCGCCGAACCCCACUUUGUCUGCUGGCAGUUAUUAUCAUCAACCUGUCUCCGUUUCUAAUCCUGUGGGCUACUCUCAUCCUCGCCCUCAGUUUUCACAACACACUCCUUACAAUUCCGUACAGUAUCAUUCAGUUCCACCACAACCAUCUGCGGAGCAUCCACCUCCCCCACCAAUGUAUAUUCAGCACAUGCCACAACAGUCUCAUGUUCCUCAGCUUGUCCCACCGAUGGUAGGUCCCACUCAACAUACUUCAAGUCAUAUUCCAUCCCAGCAACAUAACUCAAAUAACUGGCAUCAUGGUGGCCCACCACCGUAUUCACCACAUUAUGGUCCUCCCCGUUACCCAGUCGUAGGUGGCUCAGUGGGAUACCCAAUGCAGACUCCGAGAAAUUUCGGUCCCAAUUCUAGCGGUUAUUCAAUGCCUCACUAUCUUGUUGGUCAACACGGCCCUCAAACUCAUCCACACCAAAAUAUUUCAUCAGUACCUGUUUCUAUCCAGGACAGUCCUGUUGCUUCUCAGCCAAUUCCGGCACCACCACCGUAUCAACAACAGCAACAGCCAAAUUCUGUCGUCAGUUAUUGGCCUACACAACAACAAGUACCUCCAGACUAUGUUCAGAGUCAACAUCCAUCUCACUACAUGCCUGGAUCUCAGACUGAGCCAGUCGUUCCAAAUCAACAAACUCUGUCAUCUGUUGAUAACGUCCAUCCGUGCUCUACUAUGUCGGUGUCCUCCGCAGACGUUGGUAUGGGUCAGAUGGUGUCUAACCAGUCUCAAGGAGCCAAUAUUUAUUAUCAAGGUUGUCCUGUACCACCAUAUACCCAUGGUAGUAAUGUGGGGCCGAGUGGUUUUUAUUCUGUACCAUCACAACAUUACACGCCUCAUCAACACAGUGGUCAUUCUUGGUCUGGUUAUUCUAAUUCUGGUCCUUCCCAAGUUCCAACCUAUCCACAAUCACAGCAACAUACACACCACCAGUCGCCUCAAUGUAGUACGGGUGCUUCUUAUCCUAUUCCCCAAAUAUCAACAAAACCGGAUCAAACUGUGGCAAAUGUUCCUUCGGAUAAUUCAACUAGCGUUGGUGCCUCUGGAGGUUCUAAUAGUCGACCACCAUCUACAAAUGACAAAUAACUUUUUAUGUUAAUUUUGAAGUCCUAUUAUCUGUCUUAAUAUUUUGUUUUUAAUAGUGUAAAUUAUAUUUCCUAAAUGCCCAAUUUUAUUUUUAGAACUCAGUCUCAGUGAUUAGUUUGCCGUACUAUCGAUUACUGAUCUUUGCCCAUAAUAACGUCAGAUCGACUAAACGUUUCUGCAUUGAAGGUCAACGUUUUGCUUCAUUUCUUAAUGAGGUAAUAUUAAUCACGAUAGUCAGAACUAUAAAUAUAUAUGUAUGUUGAUAUGUCGCGACGACUCAGUUUAACUCUAUUGGUUGGGAUACUUGUUAUUUUAGGUUUAGCUGUACGAAGCUUAUCGAUUCGAUAACGAUAAGAACAAGCGGAUGGCAUUUCCG